AUGUUAAUCGAUCACGCAUAUCCACAAAUUGAUAGGAACAUUAAGGAUGAUUUAUUGGAGCAAGAUCAUAUGUCGAAUAACACUUUGAAGCAAUUGGCGAAAUAUCAUCCAAAUCAUCCAGAGCCAGAUCUUAUCGUUGAAAACUUUGGCUUUAUCAAAGAUGGGAAUUUUGUUGAUCCUGAUCCUGAGAAUCAUCAGAAUUGGAGGAAUCAGGAAGAAAUGAAUGAGGUAUCAUACGCUGAUGAGUUGAAGAUUCUUGAAAGUUUCAUGACAAGAAAGAAUGAAUGGUUUGUGAAAGAAUCAGGAAGGAGACGCAGAUUUGCGACUCCUACAGCAGAACAAGGUGAAGGAUCUUCUUCUAAACCGAAGAAGAAGCAAAAGAAAAAAGUUCAAACGAUGUUAAUUGAUGAGCCUAAUGAAGAUGUUCCUGCUACGAAUGUUGAAAAGGAACAAGAGGUGGCUGGUGACUAUACUUCUGACAUUCAGAAAGAGAAAGAGAAGGUGAACGAUGAUAUUGAAGGUGAUGACGUUGAUAAAGAAACAACUAGUUCUUCAAGUUCAUCAGAUGACGAAGUGGUAGAUGAGGUUGAACGUGAAAAAAGAAUGAGAGAAGAGGCAGAAAAAGAAAAGUUGAUCAGGAAGAGAAAGAGGCAAGAACAGGAGGAUGCUCCUUAUGUUCCUUCACCAGAACAUGUUUCUGAAUCGCAAUCAACUCCAAGGGGUAGAAAGAAAGCUGUUGGACGAAAGAAAGCAAUGCCAAAAGUUAGAAUCUCAAAAAGACCUCAGAAGAUUGUGCAGAAGAAGCAACCUGAAAUAGAAAGACAAAAGCCUCCAACACCUCCACAUGAAUCAACACCUCCACAAUCACCUAUUCACCAAUCUCCACCAAGACAGCCUACACCUCCACUACAUUCAUCACCACCCAGACUUCCUACACCCCCAAAUCAACCAUUACAUAUUCCACAAUCAACACCUCCACCACAACAUCCAUUUAUCUCUUCACAAGAUAUUUUCGGAACACCUCCACUUUCACAAUUACAACCUGGUUCUUCAAGUAAAGGUCUGCAUACACCACAAGAUAAUCUGCUAGAAGUUGGUGAUUUCGACUUUGCAAAUACGUCGCAAGUGUUGAAAUUGGAAAAGAAAAUGGAGAAUGGGAUAGCAGAGAACAAAAGGUUGGCAGCUGAGAACAAGAAGGAAACUGAUAGAGAAAAACUGCUUGUGAAUCGUGUACAGGAGUUAGAAAAGAAAGUUGAAGCUGAUCAAACCGAGAUUGAUAUUUUAAAGGUUCGUGUGUCUGAACUUGAAGAAGAAAAGAAUCGACGUGGUGCACAGAAUGAAUACUUCAAGUUAAAACAUAAAGAGCUAAAUGAAGCUAAAAGAGCAAGAGAUCAUGAGUUUUAUAUGCUAAACAAAGUUGUUGAAAGUAUGCUGGGAUCUUCUGUAGAAGAAAAGUUUGAAGAGUUACAAGUUGAAGAGGUUCGUGCUGAACAUCAAGCAGAGAUUGAAAGGCAGAUGAAGGAUAAGGGUAAAGGAGUUGAAGGAAGCUCAGCUGUGCCUGAAAUGGCUCUAGUACCUUCAAUGGUUACAGAGAAUCCUGAGCCUAUCUCUGCAGUCUCUGGUUUAUUUGAAGAAGAGACUCCGAUGCAAGAAUUGAUAGGUGAUAGUAGUGAUGAGGAAGGUGAUGAAGAUGAAGAGGAUGAUGAAGAUGAUGAUGAUGAUGAAUUUGUAUUCUCUGCUAGCAGUCAUAAUUCAAAAGGUAAUGAUGAUGAUGAUGCUACAGGAGGUUCUGGUGUUAAUGUUACAGAAGCUGCUAAUGAAAAAGUCGUUGAUGAUUUGAUGAACGACACAGUGAAUGAAGAAAGUGGUGAAGCUUCGGGAAAGGGGGAGUCAGGUAAGACGCAGAUUGCGUUUAGAUGUGUAUAG